CAUCAUCAUUAUUACUAUUAUUAUUAUUCUUGUUAUUUAACAUCUUUGAUCCUCUGGUGGAUGCACAGCCACAAAAUGCGCGUCUUCCAGCUGAGCCAGUUUGACAAUGCUCAAGCCAAGCUCCAGCAGCAAAUCCUGAGCCUCGGCGAUGCAGAGUGUCUCAUCCAGUCGGCUUUUGAUCCGCGCUGCACGCAUGUCAUUGCCAACCAGCCGUCGCGCAGUGUCAAGCUUCUGGGUUGCUGCAGCAAAGCGCCCAAGCAUUUGGAAAGCGUGGCACUCAUCACACACGACUUUGACUUGACCUCAUUAGAUAAAGCCGAUCGAGAAUUGUACGGCAGCGCGCGUCGGUGGAGAAUCGCCCGUCAAAGCACGCGAGCUGGCCCUUUCGACAAGUGGAUUGCUCUUAUUCCAGAGGAUGCGUGUUCUGUCAAGCGUGAUUUCCAACAGGUGCUGAAAAUCGGAGGAGCUACCAUCUUGCCAUUGGUCGCAGCCAACAUCUCGAAGGUUGCUGACGGCACGCGUCAGUUUGCGCUGAUUGAUGCUCAACAAGAACCAUCCGCAAUAUUGACCCGGCUCUGCGCUCAGCAACGCCUACAGCUCGCUUCAACCAGCUAUCCUGCUGAUUUCCUGGUCAAGAAGUCCGCCCCACCCAUUGAACAGUACGUGGUCAAGACGGAAUCUGGCGGUAGAGCUCAGAGGCCCAAUCCUGUGACUGCGUCGCCUUUGCCCUCACCGGCAGCGCUUCGUCGCGGCAUGCAGGCGACUGCCGCGUCUCCUCUCUCCCCUCGUCAGUCGCGCAAUGUGGCAAUGGCAACAAGCUCCAUCGUCCCCGUGGAAGCCACCUCCCCGGCCAUUCUCGAUCGCGUCGACGAGCCCCACACGCACCACGCGGGCAUUGCAUCCUUUCUUCGGGCCACCUAUGAUGCAAUCCCCGAUCCGACGACCCUCGGCGAGCUCUUGCUUGCGCUGGCGACAGAGGAUAACCGGCCGCCACUCGCAUGUGUGCGCGCCCUCUUUUGCAACCUAUUUUGGAACUCGCUUGAGCACUUGUUCUUCCCGACAUUGGCUCCAGAAGCGAUUCGUUCAUCAGCCGCCAAGGAGGUCAAUGCACCCUCCUCAUACAACCCGCCAGCUGGUCAAACAUGGGCCGUCCUUCCGCUUCGGACUGCAAUCCAGCGCUUUCCAUCGAUCGCGCAAGGCGUUCUCCAGUCGCUCUUCAUGUCAGAAGACGAUCGCACAAAGGCAGACGAAAUGGACGACAAACUGAACAAGCACCGCUCGAUCGGCGAUAAGAGUCAGAUUGACCGGCUCUCUCACGAGAUGCAAGAGACACGGCAGCGCAUUUUGUCCUCGGAUAGGACUCGCGAAAGGCUGUGGCAGAGCUUGCUGGGAUUGAUGUGGCUGGCGUUUGAUCUUCCAGCUGACAGCCCGUAUGCCAAACAGCUCAAUCUGCCCGCAAUCCCAACGCAAAGUCUCUCAACAGAGACUCGGGAGCGUGCAGGUGCUGCUCUCGAACUGCUGUGUGACAUGCUUAUCGUCGACCUUGACUUGGCCGAUUCUGCACCUUCACCGCGAUCGACGCUCUCCUUCCUGAGGGCUCUCGUGCACGGCGACUCUGGCAAGACCAUACUGUCGGAACUCGCCACGCUGGCACGCGCUGUUGCCGAGCGCCCUGGCAACGAUUCCAAGUGGAGCUUGUCCGUUCGUGCGGCCAGCGACCAAUACCGCCGGCUGCUCUCAUCGGUUCCGAUUAUGCUCAAGUACGCUGCCGAAAAGUUCAGCAUCAGCUACAUGAAUAUCCCUCUGCAGGUCGACGCAAAUUCGCGUCUGCAAGCGCUGCCGCCGCGCGGCACGUUUCACGCAAUGCUGGAUGAGUCGCUUCGGACAGCUGUUGCCGAGAACGUGCUCAUCGCACAAUGCACGCCUUCGUCAUCGCUGAAACCGGAUUACCAGCGACUACUUCUAACGCCGCUGUCCAUUGAAAAACUGGUCGACUUUUAUUGCAAGUUGGAGCCGCGGUUGGACGAACCUGGACCCGCCCACACGCCAGAUCUCUUUCAAGAGACUCCAGAGUCGGACCUACCCCGUAAAGCGGUGCGAAUGACUCGGGCGCAAUCCAGCAACCCUGCAUCCAACAAGCCAAAAAUCGCCAUGUUUGUCGAAGACCUUCCGUCUGGAUCCUCUUCCACUUUGCGCGUGGCUUCCAAUAGGACACUGCGCGUCCUGAAGCCUAUCGACAACCUUCAGCAAGCCCAAAAUCCCUCCAAGCCAGUCAAUAAGAAGGAAAAGCCAAAUCGAGCGGGUGAGACGCGACUCAUGCGCGCUUGCAAGGCUCCGAGUAGGUUCACACUGGAGCACAUCCGACAACUUUUGGACGAAGGAGCCGACCCCAAUGCGCGCGACAAUGCCCAGUGGACUCCGCUUCACGAAGCGACGCGGUAUGGAACAACCGACGUCUGUCGUCUUCUCAUUGAGCGAGAUGCCGAUGUCACCGCUGCGGGCGAUGGAGGCGUGACUGCGCUUCACUAUGCAUCACACUAUCACGGGAAUUUGGAACUUGUUGCACUCUUGCUUCAGCACGGCGCCGACCCUCGCGCCAAGGAUGCCGACGGCGAAUCCUGCAUCGAUUGGUGCCAGCACAAGCUGGACGCUGCUUUGAGCACAGACGAGACGAACAAGUGGGCUGCGGUUCUUGCCGAGCUGCAAAAUCCUCGCCCUGUCCUCGCUCACGUAGCUGGAGCCUGCGCUCCCCGCCCACUGCAACUAUCCACUGUAGUGCUCUCGUCGAGCGAAGAAACGAAGCCCCAACGCCCAAGCGCUGCCCCUCAAGUCAAGCGCUCCUUUUCAAAGUCCAACCAGCGAGAGGGCACGGACCAUGGCACCACCGCCAACAGUGCCAAAUUCAGCCACCUCCAAGCACAGGCUGAUGAUUACGUGGCCUUGUUGAUGUAUUUGACACUCCAGUUAUGCUCUCGGCAGCUAAACGAAAGUGGUGCAUUGCUCACGAGUCGGGUUGCAGAACUCGAAGUCCCGCUUUCUCAAGCAUGCGGUGGUCAGCUGGGCGAUCGUGCGCGUCUCCAGUUCCUCAUUCUCAAGCGUCUCAAUGCUGAAUUGUCGUCGGCGUAACAGUUCGCUUGACAGUCGUGGGGGGGGGCGGGGGUUGUUGCAAAUCAAAAUCAAUCAAUGUAUAUUUUUCUGCGAAUGGAC